CCAAAAAUUGAUCAUAAAUUAUUCUAUAUGUUUGUUCUAAUAAAAUGUAAAUAUUCCUUAUUAAUAUUAUACUUCAAAUUGAUCUUUUUUAAACCUUAUAUGAAUAAGGAAUAUUAUAGGUUAUAAACUAUAAUUAUGAAUUUAUGUAAAUUGAAACUCUUAUUUAGAAAUUAUAUUUAUUAUAGAUCAUUCUCAUGUCACCCAAAUUUUUCCUCUUCCUAAAAAGAGUUUCACCUCCAGUUUUUCUUUUAUCAUUUUUGCUCUUUAUUUUCUGUAGAUUUGCUUUUGCUUCUUGUUCAUUUUUCUCUCUCAAAAUAAUUCUAUCUUUUUGGACAUCAUAAAAUUUUUCUUAUGAUCAAACAUAUUGUUUUUCCAAUGAACAGUAUAGUUAGAAUUCUUGUGUUAUAUAAUGGAAAAGGUAUAAUGAAAUAUCACUAAUAUCCAGCAAAUAUUUUACUAAAUAACAACAAAAGCCAAAUGUUUUCAACAAAUUUUAAAUUAUCAUCAGGUUAAAAAGCAGGGAAUGGAAAAGGUUUAUAUAUAUGACUUUGUCUUAAUUAUGCAUUUAAAUUAUAAUUACUGUAUAUAUUAUUUUGAAAAUAAUGAAAAUUUAUUUUGUUUAGGAAAUGAUCCAGGCAUAUCACCUGAUGAUCCUCAAUGGAUUGGUGCUUGGUGGCUUGGAGUGUUUAUUGUUGGAGCCGCUCUGUUUGUUACAUCAGUGCCUAUGAUGGCAUUUCCUCGCAAACUUCUUCCGUCAGAUUCUCCCCAUCAUAAAUGGUCUGCAAUAUGCCAACAUCAUCUUGUGUAUAAAAAUAAUCAAUUAGCAAAAAAGCAGUCAAAAACACCUAGUCUAAGAGAUUUUCCAACUGCCAUGCGUCGCUUGUUAAGAAACGAUGUACUUUUGUGUCGAACAGCCAGCAGUGUACUUCACAUUCUUCCUAUUGCUGGCCUUUAUACUUUCCUUCCAAAAUAUUUAGAAAGUCAGUUUCAACUGACAGCAACAAAGGCUAAUAUGAUAUCAGGAAUUGCUGGAAUUCUAGUAAUGGGCAUUGGAAUAUUUGCAAGUGGAACAUUUAUGAGGAAAUUCAAACCUAACGCUACAUUUGUUGCCAAAUGGAUUUCUGCUGCUGCUUUAAUAUAUUCCUUAGGAAUGGUUAUUCUAAUGUGGUUGGGAUGUCCUUUAAAUAAAUUUAUUGGUCUUAAUGCUGACAGCAACAUUGCCACAAAUCCAGUUUGUAGUGAAAACUGUGGAUGCAGUUUGGGAGAAUUUGCCCCAAUAUGUGCAAAUGAUGUAACAUAUGUAUCACCAUGUUUGGCAGGUUGCCAUAAAAGAAAUACAUCAGUUGAUGAUCAAGUUUUAUAUACUGAUUGCCAAUGUUUGGCUGCUAAUGUUACAGCUGUUGCAGGGUAUUGUCCAUUAACAUGUAAUAAUUUGAUAUGGUAUAUUGUUGUGUUUUCGUUUUUUGUGCUUGUUCAUUCGACAUCAGAAGUUGGUUCAAUGAUGUUGACUCUAAGAUGUGUUGAUCCUCAAGAUAAAGCAAUGGCUUUAGGAUUGAUAUCUUUUGCCAUUGGCUUGUUUGGAAACGUGCCUUGUCCUAUUAUCUAUGGUGCUGUUGUUGACUCUGCUUGUUUAUUUUGGGAAGAUAAUUGUGGGGAAGCCGGAGCUUGUCGAGUAUAUGAUCCAGACAAAUUUCGAAUGGUGUUUCAUGGCCUUACUGCUGCAAUUAUGUUUGCAGCAUUUCUUGUAGAUGCUCUAGUCUGUUAUAAAGCAAGAUCUAUUCAAUUUCAAGAAGAAGAACAUGUUACAAAUGCAGAUGAAGUGAUACCUAUGAAUUCUGGUCCUUGUGGACAGUUUGAAUCAAGUGUAUAAAAGCCACUAAUGCUUGAAUGCCUUAUUACAGGAACUCCUUAAAUAUAUAGUUAAUUAAUACUGAUGGAAUUCCAUCCAUUGAGUCCUGCCACAAUAUGAAUAUUCUGGACUGCAGUUCCAAUAAUACUCAUUGUCCAUUAUGUGCAUACUUCUACACAAGAUAGUCAAUGAGCACAAUGUUUUUACUAAGCACAUUUUAGUUAUAUAUUCUCCUGUGUACAGUUUAAUUGUAUAAAUUUUUCCUUAUAAAGUUUAUGGACAAGAAAUGAAGCGUUUGUAAUGACAGAAGUACUUGCAUGUUCAUUCAGUGGAUUCCUAAUGACGUUGUUUUACAUGCAAUGUGUUAAAUAUAGCAUAUUUCAGAGAAAGAGUGAUUACAUUUAUACUGUGUAUUUUCUAAGAUUAUUAAAUUUUAUCGCAGGUAAAGAAAUUGUUAUUUGAAUAUGGAAAUUUUUCACUUUUGUCAUACAUUUCAUAGAAAAUUUUCUACAUAUAAAAAUUGAUUGCUCACAUU